AUGGCUCAACCGUACCCGUACGACAUGCGUAUACCCGACAACAAGGAUUAUGAUGGCUGGACAGAUCCUGAAGUCCAUGUAAACUCUUAUUAUGGGAAUAUGUUGAUGAUGGGGGUCACUGAUGCGGUCAUGUGCCGGGCCUUUUACUUUACCUUGUCGGGACGGGCAGCUGAUUGGUUCAAGUCAUUAGAGCCGGGGUCAAUUACUUGUUUUGCCGGUUUAGCCACUAAAUUUGUUCAAAGGUUUGAAACAUCAAAAACAGUCUGUAAGCAUUUUAUGUAUCUGGAAAAGGCCAAGCAAUUGGAAGGGGAGACCUUGACCAAAUUUCGCAUCAAGUGGAAGAAUGCUAUUUGCGAGGUCGAGCCAAUGGAUGACUUGACUGCGAUCCACAUGUUGUAUAUGUCUUUACGUGCUGGUGAUCUGUAUCAGGAUUUCAUUCUCCGACCACCCUUGACAUACGAAGAAGCGCUCCGCCGCGUGACAGAUUAUGCAAAUGCUAGGGAGGCGAACGCAGUUAAAAGAUCACAGGAGGUGGGCUCGACACAGAAAUCCAUUGGACGGCCAGAUGGCCGGUCAUCUGACCAGCACGACAAAGGUCGUGUUCGUCAGGCUGACUUCACGCCUUUAAAUCGCUUGGCCAUGGACGCUCUGCGGUAUACGCAAUCGUGUAUCGCUCGGCCAUGUAAUCUCAUGCGAGAUGGAAAAGACAAAUCGAAGCAUUGCGCCUUUCAUCGUUGUCGGGGGCAUGACACUGAAGAUUGCACAAAUUUAAAGCAGUUGUUAGAGGAUUUGUUGCGGGCGGGGAAGUUAGACAAAUGUGUGGGAAAGAAGCAUGAAGGUAAACGGUUGUCAGGGAAGAGGGGGCCCAAGCAAUCGGAUUCCGAUAGAAAAGACGACUCUCGAGAGGGUGGAAAAAGGCAGAAGACAGAACCAAUCACGUUCACGCUUGAAGAUCAGCCGGAAAUCGGGGAUACAGGAAUGGAAGCUCUGGUGGUUACGAUUGACAUCAUGGGAGUCGACGUACAGAGAGUUAUGGUCGACACGGGUAGUAGCGUGAACGUUCUUUACCUUGAUGUCUUUCAGAAGCUGAAGUUAGAUCCCAUUGAACUGACCCCCAUUGCAACUCCAUUAUCGGGUUUUAAAGGAGAUACCAUCCACCCGGAGGGGAAAAUUAACUUGCCGGUUGAAAUAGGAAUACCUCCGAGGUCAAUCAAAACUCAGAUGGAAUUCGUGGUGGUUGAUCUGCAUUGUGUUCAUAACGCAAUCUUGGGUCGGCUGGCGAUUAUGAGGAUUGGAGGGAUCAUCUCAAUGCCCCAUUUAUGCAUGAAAUUCCCCACCCAAGGGGGGGUCUGA